AUGCAGCUGGCCCUCUCACCGGGUUGCUAUGACCAUGCUCAACCGCGAAACGGGAAGGCCGUCCGAAUCACCGCCGGCAUCUUCUGCAGGUGUCUAGACCACACUUUGACACCUCCGACAAGGGUGUCUACGGUAGAUCCCCGAGAGUGA